AUGGGCAACCUUCGCAUCUCAAAGAUCACGAAGGAGUACCCUGAUCGGAUGAUGCUCACAUUUUCUGUGUUUCCCUCACCCAAGGUUUCGAACACUGUUCUUGAUCCAUACAAUGCAACACUGUCUGUCCAUCAGUUGGUUAAGAAUGCUGAUGAGUGCAUGGUUCUUAACAAUGAGGUACUUUAUGACAUUUGCUUUCCAACUCUGAAGCUUACCGAACCUAGCUUAAUUCAAUUCAGUUUUUAUAAUUUGCACAUUGGCAGAUCUGUUGAUGUUAUUGUGGCAUAG